GCAGCCUUACUCUAUAAGCAAAUUAUUUCAGAACAGUUUCCUUCAGGGAUUUAAUUAAUUCUUUGAAGCCCAAAGUCUGGGCUGUGAUGGGGGUAGACUCCAGGGGUGGACAGCCCCCACCUCUCAUCCCAGAUGGCAGCUGAAUGAGCCGGGGAGCUAUAACAUACCCUUCUCAUGUUUAGCACUUACCGUAGCAGCUGUUCCCCAGAGCUAAUGUAAGAGUUGCAUGUCCUUGUGUCCAGCGUGCUGGCCAGGCACAAGGGAACAUCAGCCUCUGGGAUCCAGCACCUGGAGAGGGAUAUUCUUAACCUAGCUGGGGUGUCUGGUCACAAAGGUGCAGGGCAGCUGCGAAGUCCAGUGCUGUGGGUGAGGACACACCACGGUGGUUUUGGUGCAGCUCUCCAAGGCUGAUUCCUGCACAGCAGGGAGGGGCUUUCUCCAGCCAGGCAGUUAUCUCAGGAGCUGAAGGCUUUGCUCUGGGCCAGCUGCUCCCUUCCCACCACCCCAGGAAGGUUGUGGGUCCCCACAGCAGCUGACGUGUCUCUCGCCGAGGAGAGGACCAGAGCAGGGUGGCAUGGCGAGGAGAAGGCAAGCUGGUACCAUGGGCACAUCUGUCUUCCCGUGUCUCUUUGUUAUCCUGCUUACCAGAUGCUCCCCAGCAGGGUGUGCUGGAGGGAGCGACUCUUCGUCCCACAGCACAGCCAGCACCACAGGCAAACCCAUCCUGUUAAACAACAUCCCAGAUGCCGAAGCCUUCAUCAGUGGUGCAGAGGUGGCAGUCAUUGGAUUUUUCCAGGACCCGCAGAGCCCCGAAGCGGAGCAGUUUCGCCUGGCGGCCGGACAGCUCCCGGAGGUGCCCUUCGGCCUCAGCAGCAGCGCCGCCGUGCUGUCCCACUACGGCGCCGCGGAGAACACGGUCUCGCUGUUCCGCACGGUAGACAGUGACCGGCGGGAUCUGGAUAUGAACAACAGAGAGGUUGAUGCCAAGGACCUGACUCGCUUUGUUCGGACAAAUGAGCUCCGUCUGGUGACAGAGUACAACCCUGUGACAUCAAUAGGUGUGAUGCAGAGCUCCCUCCAGUUUAACCUCCUCCUGAUCACAGACAAGAUGUCUCCAAAGCACCCUGAGCGAAUGCGCAAGUUUCGGGCGGCGGCAGAGCUCUACAAGGGGAAGAUUCUCUUUAUCCUGCUAGACAGCAAUUUGAAGAGCAAUGAACGAGUAUUGUCAUACUUCCAACUGAAGAAGUCCCAGCUGCCAGCUCUGGCUAUAUUCCACACACCAGAUGAUGAGCACGAAGUGUUGACUGUGGGUGACAUCUCCACUGAGCGUGUACAGGACUUCUGUAAUCGUUUCCUACAAAGAAUGCCAAAGAAAGAAGACAAAUCAGAGGAGAAGCCCCUCAAUGAAGAACUCUGAUUCUUUCUCAGCCAAAAAGAUGAGUGCAGCCAGAGUCUGUUUCUGGUGUAUGAAGAGUUCACUCUGCCCUACAGCUCAGCAAUUCCUGAGCCAAAUCAGUCAUGGAUUCCCAUUACCAUUCUAUGUACAUACAUGCUGUAUGUCCUCUCCAGGAAUCUAUUCACUCCUAUCUCUUCUCAUUUGUUGGCUCAAGAGCUCUUUUUUCAGUACUUCAGGAUCUCUGGUAUUGUCCUACAAUAUGUCUUUCUGUGCCAUUGUUGGAACAAAUGGUGGCACAGUGAAAUGGCAAUAUCAGAAGUAAAGCUAGUAGUUCCAGGGAUCUGUGUCCCUCAUUCUUUUGGGUUUUGGUGCCAUGCUGGGAUCCACUGUCAGCCUUGCCUGAUACUACAAACAAAUUUGUUGCUUGAUAUCAUGUGAAAUUUUCCAUUUAUUUUACUAAAUAAAGCAGUAAGUUAAUGGCCUGAA